UCUUUUGGAUGUUUUCACUGUUUUUUCAUUUCUUUAUCUGAGGAUUUGUAUUAUGUCAAUACAGGAACAAGAUAACAAUCUCUAUACCACUCUCACUUGUGAAGAAUAACGGACGUCUCAUUCCGUCGUCGCAAUGCUCACCAUGUAAGUCUUCCCUCUUUCAUUUGGAUAGAAUACUUCAAUUGGUUUGUUCUUGUGAUCCUCAGUUCUAAUCAGUUAUUUCAGAUUUCGGGCUAGUUCUCGGAGUGAUGCGGGUUCUGACAGUACAGAGGAAAUCGUAAGAGAUGGAUACCCUUAUUACUUCAAGAAAAAUAAUGGCCGUAUGGUUAUGGCACGUAAUAUUUCUAGAAGUCGUGGGAACAAGAACUUUAGUUUGCUAGGUCAAGCUUUUGGAAUUGACGAGCCCAAGAGAAUAUCUGACGUCAAUGCCUUGAAGAGGGGGGGGAAGAAGAAGAAGAAGAAGAAGCCAGCGCAAUUGCAAUACCCUCCUCAACCACAACCUCCCUUUUCAGCACCUCUUCCACAGCAGCCGUUUCCCAAUUUUCCACCACUGCAUACGUCUUUUGCAGCUGUCAAUCCUCAGCAACCUUUUCCCAGCCCUAAUUUCUUCGCUCCGACAAAUUCCCUAUUUCCUUCUUUCUAUCCUUUUCCUGGGUUUACUGCUGCACCUGCGCCUGCGCCUGCACCAGCAUGGACUCCGGCGCAGCAACCUAUGCGAUGGGCCGUUCAGUCAAAAUCGUCAAAACCACCAAACUUCGAAGAACUUCAAAAAGUCGAGUCGGAUUUCCUUAAGAGAGAGAAGUCAAAGUCAAGAACAAGAGACGGGGAUCAUGACGAUCAUACAGAGACCAAGACAACAAUCACUACUACUACAAUUACCAAGCACAUUUGUGUUAGAUGUCGAAGAGAUCGUUCUGCUAAAUAUCAUCUAGAACAUCCUAUAAAAUCUGGUGAAACACCUACUCCUGGAUUUUGUCGCAAGUGUCGAAGAAAUGCUACCUCAACUAGUGGCUCAAGUAGCGAUGAUAGUGAUGAUGGUGAUUCAAGAAGACAUGGCAAUGGAGGGAAAGGAAGUGAAAGGAAAAAGGCUUCAAAGGUGAGUUAUGUCCCUCAAAGAGCUCGAACAUCCACUUACUAACACCUUCCAGAAGAAGUAUAAGCGUAAGACCACAUCUCGACCUAACUCAGUUGAAUUUCUGAGCCAAGAUGAGAAAAGAGACAAUGGUCGUUCUAACGACUAUGGGGAUGAAAUUAUUCUUGAGGAGGAGGCUGUGCAUAAACGCGAAACAGUACCAAAAUCCCAAGCACGACGAACUGAUAACAACUCGAGAGUAUCAUUGUCCCGAAGCUACACUCGUAGUCAUGAAAGAAAUCUUGAUGACGACGAUCUUACUCCGAGAGGAGAACCAAAAGUGAGAAUCAGUAUCACAAAUCGAUCACUAUCGGCCAGUCCACCAUCAUCCGUUUACGAAGCCCGAGAAAAGUCGGUUCACUUUGAUCAGCCAGCGGGGGGAUCAAACGCUGCUCCGCAAGCCACUUCUCAGCAAGAUCUCCGCGAAUCAUACAGAUAUGUUGAGCCACUUCGUUCAGCUACUAGUUACGCAUCUAUGCCAAGGUCCGUUCGCUUUUCAAGAGAAUCUCUUCCAGGCUUGCAUACGGGAGACCAUGUUCAGCGCAGACGCUCUGAGCGUGCCUAUACUGAACGUACUUAUGACCAUGACGCUUGUGAGCAAGAAUACGAACAUAUUCCUCGUCGUCGUUCUGAUGAAAAUGUUAUCGUGGCUGAGACUGAGCAUGAGCAUCCCAGGUCACGGACUGAAUCAAGGUACCAACCUCGACCUCGACCUCGCUCCUCUUAUAACGACUUUAUUGACGUUGAGGCUGAGGACGAAUAUCCCAGAUUCCAGACGGAGCGGCCUAGACAUGAACCUAGAGGACCACAAGAGAGACGUCGCAAUCCCGCACGGUCGCCAGUUAGAACCCGAGAAACUUAUAUCACUUCCGAAGUAGAUCAAUAUGGUAACGAAACGCAAUAUAGAUGGACUACCAGGAGGGCCAGCUCAAGCUCAAGCUCUGCCAUUAGUUUCAUCCCAAGUAGUCACCGUACCCCAACAGAUGUUCAUCGCCGUUCAAUUGUACGUCAUUCCUCAGAGUCUAGCGAAGAGUAUAACAGAGCUUGUAAGUAUUUCAUUAAGUCUUCCAUAUCAUUGUUAUUUGACGUGGCUAACUUGUUGCUAGAUGAAAUGGCUCAUCAGAAUCUGCCAAACCCAGGACCACGCCGCCGUCAACGCAGCUCAUUCAGAAGCUCUGAAGGCUUCAUGGAUGGUACUAACACACCUCCUCGAGUACCUGACCCCCCAACUUCGGGUGGUGUUUGGGAGCCUAGAAAUACGAGAUCAGCAAGAAGGAGAGGCCGUUCAAGCUCCCAGAGCAACGUAUCUCAAGUUCCCCAGCACCAGAGCACUCCUCGGAAUAAUCAAGCAUGGAUGAACGCAUCGAUAAUUGAUCAACUUGGACAACGUCUAGAACAUAAUCGUCCUUCGCUGGUUCGUUCUCAGUCCUCUGAUUCUCGAUCCUCCGGCUUGAUGGUCACUCAAUCGGAUUCUUUUAUCACACCGCCACCAUCGGAUUCGCCAUAUGAGCUAGAUUCUUCGGACUCUACACCAUUAUCUUUGGCCCCUUUCCCAGUUUCAAUUCACGAAACCACGGAAAGUGAUAACGAAGUUGAAUCUAUAAUUGCCACACCAAGUCCAAAGGCAACCAUUACCAAAAAGUCAGUUGAGACAUCAAGUCGUCGGCGUAAUGGACGUGCUGAGAUUACGAAUUCUCAAGCCAAGGACAACGGUCAUGCCAUCGGUUCAACCUUUCAGAAGUAUAAUGGCCAAUUAGGAAGCCAUAGUUCAUACGUUGAAUAUGGCGUGGCAGCAAUCAUUUCCCGCGGAACAAAUCGCGCUAACGCCAAUAAACGUACCCAAGUCAUUGUGGAUGAUGAUGACAACGCCACUAUUCUCGACGACGCUACUGACCUUACUCUCCGAACCGCUCGCUCUAAGACUGCUAUGCUUGACCGUAGAGCAGCUCGACGCCGAGUAUCUUUUGCCAACAGCCCUCAGUUUGCGACUACUCCUGAGCAAUCUAGAGAAAAUUCUUGGGCUGCUAAUCCCAAUAGCAAUGGAGAGGAAUCAUGGGGCGCAAAUAAAAAUACGGACGAAAGUCAAUCAUGGGGCCCUACUGCAAAUACCGAUGCAGACGAUCCAUGGGAAGCCAACACUACGGGAGACAAUUCAUGGGGAGCCAAUACCAAUACCACUGGCAACGACCUCUGGUCAAGCAACACUGAAACGGGAAGUAUACUCCCAGAAGUUGGUGGCUAUAGUGGUCUCCAAAGGGGUAAUGACAGUAAUUCUGAUUUCAGCGGAUAUGGCUCUGCAUGUCCACCUACACGAAAGACCAAGUAUGAGAAUUCUCCUGGUAUUGGUGGUGAUGAUUAUAAUUCAAAAAAGGUUAAGGAGGACGAUGACUGGGGUCCCAUGCCCACUUUUUCUUCUCUCAAUAUCUGAGUUCUUCUCAGCACUCCCUCACUUUCAAAUCAUUUUCGAAAACAGAAACAGGUUACUCGUUUCAAUACACCACAGCACAUGCACACGGUCAACGGCAAAUUAGGCCUUCGGUCAAUGGCGCACGGCGAUUAUUACUACUACAUACUAGACACACACAUGUUUGCAAGAGAUAUACCAACGGAGGAUUUUUGGAUGUGUAACUGUUCACUACAAUCAAUCAACCACUUUCCUAUGGUUUUUCUUCUUCAUUGCUACUUUUUUCCCUCUUUUCUGUUCUGUUCUUCAUUUUCCCCUUGGUUUGGUUUUUCUUCGGCUUAGGUUCUAAUUUGCGGGAGUAGUUGAUGAAAUUGCAUUAUUUGAUCUGUUUUCAUGGGUUCUUUCCAUCCUGCAUAAAGAUCAAAGGAAGGAAAUAAUUUUGUUUUUUGAUUGAUUCAACGACAGAAUGAAUUGAUGAGUGAUUGGUAGAGGGAUAUAAGAUUCGGGAAUACAAUACAAGCUCCUUUUUCUAUCCUAGGAAAGAUUUCAUCCGGGAUAUGAAAUGUGGAAU